UUCCUCUUCCAGGUGAUCAAGUGCAAAGCAGCUGUGCUAUGGGAGACCAAGAAGCCCUUCUCCAUCGAGGACAUAGAAGUCGCACCCCCCAAGGCCCAUGAAGUUCGCAUUAAGAUGGUGGCCACGUCGGUCUGUCGCUCAGAUGAUCACAUGGUUGCUGGAAACCAGCCUAUGCCACUUCCUGCAGUUCUAGGCCACGAGGGAGCUGGUAUUGUGGAGAGUGUCGGAGAAGGGGUGACUUCUGUCAAACCAGGUACAGAAUUCUUUACCCUCAGGGUUUGUGCUUUCUCUCUGAUUGAUGCAAGCACAUCCAUCAAAAAAAAAAGAAGCCCAAGGAGACUUGAAAUCUGGCACAAGGUCACAGGGUUUCCACCCCUUCCUCCCUGCAUGCCUCUGUCCUGGGCAUCCAAUCAUGUCUUUUCUCUUUCAACAUCUAUUUAUCAUCUACUAGGUGUCAGGCACCGAGUGAGAGUCUCCACCAUGAUCUUCAGAGUUCAUCGUCUGCUAACUUCCACUUCAGUGUCCCUGAGCACCAGGGACUUUUCAGGAUCCAAACAAACCUACAAAUGGGGCAAAGGCAAGACCUGCAGAUCCAGCACCAGCACCUUCUCCCAGUACACUGUGGUAGAUGAGAUGGCAGUGGCUAAAAUCGAUGCGGCUUCACCCCUGGACAAAGUCUGCCUCAUUGGCUGCGGGUUCUCAACUGGCUAUGGCUCUGCUGUCAAAGUCGCCAAGGUGACCCCAGGCUCCACCUGUGCUGUGUUUGGCCUUGGAGGUGUCGGUCUGUCUGUCAUCAUUGGCUGUAAAACAGCUGGAGCAGCCAGGAUCAUCGCUGUGGACAUCAACAAAGACAAGUUUGCCAAGGCCAAAGAAUUGGGUGCCACUGAGUGCAUUAACCCUCUAGACUACAGCAAACCCAUCCACGAAGUAAUCCAGGAAAUGACCGAUGGAGGGGUGGACUUCUCCUUCGAAGUAAUCGGUCGCCUUGACACCAUGAUGUCUUCCCUGUUAAGUAGCCAUGCAGCAUGUGGUGUAAGUGUUAUUGUUGGGGUGCCUCCUCAUUCUGAAAGCCUCUCUGUGAAUCCCUUCUUGCUGUUGCUAGGACGCACGUGGAAAGGAGCAAUAUUUGGUGGCUUUAAGAGUAAAGAUUCUGUCCCCAAGCUUGUGGCUGAUUUCAUGGCUAAAAAGUUUCCAUUGGAGCCGUUAAUCACCCAUGUUUUACCUUUUGAGAAAAUCAAUGAGGCGUUUGAGUUGCUUCGCUCUGGAAAGAGUAUCCGGACUGUCCUGACGUUCUGAGACCAUACUGAUGCCUUCCUACUCCUGACCCCUGCACCCCACUGAAUCACGACACCAGCCACAUACAGCGCUAAUGUUCUUCCUUAGAGACACUGCCAAUAAAGUACUCAUGUAAGCUUUG